UAGUUGUAACACAACAUAUGAUAUGUACAAGAAAAAUCAAUACAAAAUGUAAAAAUAAUGUUAUAAAUAUUUUAUAAAAAUAACGCAGAAGUACAUUUCAUAGUAUCAUUAUGACACGCAAAUGUGUAUUGUGCAAGGAAACCAAUUACAGAAACACUUAUAGCUUCUUCUCAGCACCAAAAGACCCAGAAACGCGUAAAAAAUGGCAAAAUGCCAUUGCCAUUGAGAAUUAUGCUGUCUCUGAUGAUACAUACGUUUGUAGCAAACAUUUUCACAAAGAUGAUAUCAUUACACAUUGGGUUAGUGGAGUGCCACCACAUGUUAUAACAAUUAAAUAUAAAAAAUGUAGAUUACGACCAGGAGCUGUGCCUGGAAGAAACUAUCACCUUGAAGAAAAUACAGAAGCUCAAGAAAAUUCUGAUGAUUCUGAUAUAAAUAUAGGUAAAUAUUCACCACUUAACCCAGAAAAAUCAAAUACAAUGGAAGAGGAAGAAACAAAUGUUUUUAUACCUGUCACUGAAGAAAAAUUACAAAUAAGUAACAAUGAAAAUCAUAAAAUUAUACCUUUGCAUUGCCAAUUUUCUUCUGAUUUUAAUGGUUAUAAUUAUAUCUCGAAGAGAAACUCUUUAAGUAAAAUGGAGUUAUCAGAAAAUGGUUUAAAUAUCAGUAAUAUGUCUCAUGAUGAAUCUGAAGUUAGGGAAUCUUCCAAACGAACUUUGAAUCAAACAAAACAGAAUAAAAUCAUAAAUUCAACAAAAAACAGUAUUAUUCCACAUAUAAACUCAGUGGAAGACAUAAAAUUUGAAGAUGAAAGAAAAGAACAAGACGAAGUAACAAGAGAAAUUUUUUAUUCUAACACACCUAAAACUAUUUCAGAGUCUUCCUCUAAAAGUUAUAAAAUUCUUGAAACAGAUGAUACACUGUUAUGGGAACAUAAAACAAUGAAAAAAGAUACUCCUUCUAAGGAGAAAUUAACAGAUAAUGAUUUUAAAAUAAUAGAAAAUGUAUAUAUAGAAAACCAAAUACUAAACAAUUUUAAUUAUAAUGACUUAGAAGCAUAUUAUCCUACAUAUAAUAUUGAUGAAAAUGAAAUGUUGUUUGAAGAUUUACUUGAAGUAUGUACAGAAGUAUUAUUACCUCGUGGUUGGUCUUGUUUAGUAACUUCAAAGGGCCAUACAACAACAAUAGUGUAUUUAUAUAUGGGAAUGACAAAAGGUGGAAUGCCUUUCACAGAAAAACAAGUGUUUAUAAAAAGUGAUAUGAUAUUACAUUGCGCUGCUGUAAAUAGAGAGAUUAAUCCCCUUGUACACAAUCUUAUAAAAGAAGGAAAACAUUUAAAAGUACAAAAUUUACUAGAUAUAGAAGAACUUAUUGAUGAAUUUGAUCAAAGAAUCGUCUGUCAAGGUAUAUACAAUACUGCAAGAUUGCAAGAAACUAAUCGUAUCAAAGUUGCUUACAAAGAUGGUAUAAAAUGGAGACAUAUUUUAUGUCCAUUAAUAAUAAAUAAUGAUUCACCAAGAUGUACAAGAUGCAUUUCUCUGUCUCAUACAUUACAACGUAAAUCAAAAAAUUUUCCCGUGUUUUCUCAUAAUUCUUCAAUAUUUACUAGACAACAACAAAAGAUGUAUUCAAUUCGUCAAAAAUACAAACAUAUAUAA